AUGCCCAUCCCCAUCCUUCGUCAAGUGGUCUUCGAUGGCCUGGACUCGGUGCCAUGGGUAUGGCCAGCGCUUAAGGCCGUGCCAUGGCUCGCCUUGGUCGUACUCCUCAAAUGGUUCUUUGGCGGCGCUCGCAACACCGGCGAGCGGGACAUGCAUGGCAAGGUGGUGUUGGUGACGGGUGGAACAUCCGGAGUUGGCGAGGCGGUGGUCAGAGAUCUCGCAACACACGGCGCUCAGAUUGUCCUCCUCACCCAGCACGCCUUGAGCGACCCUUUCCUUGUCGAAUUCAUCCAAGAUGUCCGCUCUCAGACCAACAACCAGCUCCUCACCGCCGAACAAGUCGAUCUUGCGAGCCUCCACAGCAUCCGCCGUUUCGCUACGAAAUGGAUCGAUAACGUCCCACCGCGUCGACUGGACAUGGUUGUUUUAUGCGCAAACACCACCAGCACCGCAUCCGCGCGCGCCGUAAAAGAAGGAGAAGAGGUGGGAGAUUUGGCGGAGGAGGGUGUGGAGAGAAUAUGGCAGGUCAACUACUUGGCCAACUUCCAUCUGCUCAGCAUUCUCAGCCCGGCCAUCCGAGCGCAGCCGCCGGAUCGAGAUGUGCGUAUCAUCAUUGGCGCUUGCAGCUCCUACCUGUCAGGAGACCUGCUACACAUCACCCACCCGUCUUCCUCAAAACCAUUCUCCAAGGGAAAGCCGCAGCCGAACACUCAACCGCUUCUCGAACCCACACGAGUGUCCCCCGCCAACGCUUUCCCGACAUCCAAAUUCGCCCUGACAGCGUUCGCACUCGCAUUACAGAAGCAUCUAUCCUCCUACACUCGGCCGGACAAAUUCCCCAUGAACGCCAAAGUCCUCCUCGUCGAUCCUGGACUCUGUCGAACGCCAGGUACUCGCCGCUGGCUAACGUGGGGUAGCUUGUUGGGCUUGCUACUCUAUCUGCUCACUUACCCAAUCUGGUGGUUGGUUUUGAAGAGCCCGGAUCAAGGGGCACAAUCGUUCCUCUACGCCGCCAUGGACCAGAGAUUCUCGCUUCUCGCACAGAGUCUGGACGAGAACCUAAAGGAGACGGAGAAGGGCGGCUGGUACAUCAAAGAAUGUGCGCCUCGAAAGUUCGGACGGAAGGACGUGACCGAGGAAGAGACCCAGAAGAAGCUAUGGGACUACAGCGAGAGGAUGAUUGAGGAGGCCGAGAAGCAAGGAGCCAGCCGACGGGCACGCGAAAAGAAGGAGGCGGAGGACGCCAAAGACGAAGCCGAGGCGGUCAAAGAGUUGCAAGACUACAAGGCAAAAGUGGGGAAGAAGGAUGGUCAGAAGCAAGGGGGCAGUCGGCGGAGUCGAAAGGCUGGCUGA